UCAUUGCAAGAAAUAAAGCUUGUCAUUGAUCGUUGAUUCUUUUGUAUCAAAUUUCGUGGUAGACAAAUUCAAUCACUCGCUUUAAAUGGAAACUCAUUCGUUCUAUGUUUUUUCUGAAAGAAUAUUGAAUGGGAAGUAGAAUGAUGGCAGACAGAGAAAGUGGUGUAAUCGCAAUUCGUCAAAAAGAUCGUACAAAUGGCUGGUCUUGGCCCCUGCAUCCAUUUCAAGUGAUCGCCUGGUUCUUUGUGGUUGGUAUUCCCUUGGUGUAUUAUGGAAUCUUAGCUUCCCAUCUACCACAUGACGUAUUGAUUCCUGGCUGUGUUUUACCAGGCAUAUGCCUUUUCUUCCAUAUAAUAUUUCACCUGGCAUGCCUUACGGUGAACCCAGCCGACCCUAAUGUGAAGCUGAAAAAGGUAGAGAAAGCUGCAGAGUUCGAUCGAGCUCUUCAUAAACACGUGAUUGAAAAUUAUCACUGCUACAUUUGCCAAGUUGAAGUGAGCAAAAAAAGUAAACAUUGUGCUAAUUGUAACAAAUGCAUCAGUGAUUUUGACCAUCACUGCUUAUGGCUGAAUAACUGUAUUGGUGGUCAGAAUUACAGAAUGUUUCUCGGUUGUGUAUCUUCGGCCCUCGCUUCAGUGGUAUUCAUUAUGGCGUUCUGUCUUUAUCUUUGUAUCGUAUAUUUUAUCGAUAGAGACAGGCUGGUGAAAGACAGAUGGUGGAGUAUCGUUCGCGAGAUGAACGACAAAACCUUUCUGGCUGUCGAUAUAGUAAUCAUCGUUUUACUCUUCGUCGCAUUUCUUCUGCUCGGUCACUUAAUGUGUUUUCAUAUAGUUUUAAUUAGUAAAGGUAUGUCCACGUAUGAUUUUAUUGUUCAAAGUCGUCAAACUGUCGCUGAAGCUGCAGAGUCUAAUCCAUCAAUAUCGAUGACUUCGCCAAAAAAGCUAAAGUCAUACAAGGUAUGCAAACCGAGAAGUCUUUUUGGGAGAACUUCAAUGCAGAUCAGUGCAAGCCCGAGACCGAAUUUCGAGGGUUCCACCUGCUCAAGAGUUCUCACGAACGUCUUCGAGUUGAACAAAGUCGCUGCUCAAGAGAUAACUGUUCAAUGUGAAAGAAGCAGCAGUGCGGAGAUGAAAACAAAACAUGUACAAGAUUGUCGUAUUGAAAUUGACGAUUCAAGUUAAAAACAAUUCAAUUUUAAUAUUGAAUUUUUACGACAUUACUUGGUAUGACCGUGUUAAAUAUUCUAUUGGUAAUUUUGUAAAUCCAUUCGAUGCUGCUGAAGUCACCCAUGAAAGUAGAAAAUGUCAUUGAUUGAAAACCGGACGUCACACCAGUGCAUAUAAAUGAUCCCAAGUUGUUUGUAGAAAUGGUUCACAAUGUGUAUCAUAACUAUUGAGUCAACCAUAUUUGAAUUGCAAUAACAUUUGUAAAUAUUUUCCUCCUUACUUCAAAUCACUAGAAUCUUUAUGAUCAAUUUUAUUAUGACAAGAGCUGAAAUGAAUUUAAUUAACGAGGGACCAUGUUGGUAAACUAUAUAUGUAGACGCGUAUUUAUAAUACAUAUUGUAUAUAGCAUAGUAUAUGAUAGUAAAAUUAUGAAGCAAUUA